GUUUUGUCAGAUUAGCUCCUCACAUGCUGCAAUUCACCUUCAGUGAAGCUCCUCCCACAAGAAACGCAUCAUCAGUGAAGCACCGCCCACAGUAAUUCAUCAAUAUAUGCUGGAAGAUUCCAACCUGUUUACAAGUGAAGACGAGUAUCAGAGCAUCAGGAAGAGCUGAAAUCUGCAAAGACUGAGUUUAUUAAAGAGGACAGAGAGAAGAUGAGAGAUCCAGAACCCUGCAGAAUUAAACAGACUGAAGAUACUGAAGAACAAACAGAGUUGAUUGAAGAAAUCGAUGAGAAUGAAGAACUGAGUGAAGUUGAGGAGAAAAAUCAUGUCAAACCUGGAGAAAAACCUUUGAGUUGCUCUCAAAUCAAACAGAAAGAUUUAAAGAAAAGAAGAGCCAAGAAAUCUUUCUCCUGCACUCAGUGUGGAAAGAGUGUCUCAAGCAAACCAAGUCUUGAGCGUCACUUGAAAGUUCAUACUGGAGAGAAACCGUUCAUUUGUGAUCAGUGCGGGAAGAGUUUCACACGAUCAGUACACCUUAAGGAGCACAUGAACAUCCACACUGGAGAGAAACUGCACAAGUGUUCACACUGUGAUAAGAGAUUCAGUCGGUCAACACAUCUGAAAACACAUGAGAGGAUCCACACUGGAGAGAACCUAUACACAUGUGAUCAGUGUGGGAAGAGUUUCACCAUAAACAAACUACUUACAGCACACAUGAGAGUUCAUACUGGAGAGAAACCGUUUACUUGUGAUCAGUGCGGGAAGAGUUUUGCACAAUUAUCACACCUCAAAGAACACAUGAACAUCCACACUAGAGAGAAACUGUACACAUGUGAUCAAUGCAACAAACUGUUUUUGAGAGCUCCACACCUGAAGCAGCACAUGAGAGUUCAUACAAAGGAGAAGCCACAUUCAUGUGAUUUGUGUGGAAAGAGUUUUUCACGUCUACAACGUUUGAAAGAACAUCAGAAAAUACACACUGGUGUGAGAGAGUACAUGUGCUUUAAGUGUGAAAAGACUUUUACUUCAGCGAGCAAUUUAAAACUGCAUGAGAGGAUCCACACUGGAGAGAAACCUUGCAAGUGUUCACACUGUGACAAGAGAUUCAUUCAUUCAGGAGCUCUGAAAACACAUGAGAGGAUUCACACUGGAGAGAAACCUUACAAGUGUUCACACUGUGACAAGAGGUUCAGUCAGUCAGGAGACCUGAAAAGACACGAGAGGAUCCACACUGGAGAAAAACCGUAUGACUGCACUGAAUGUGGAAAGUGUUUCAUUCAAUCAUCUUCUCUACACAGUCAUACAAAAAAAUAUCACAGUAAGUAGAUCAUCUUCAGAUCCAGCACUUACAGUUCUGAUGCUGCGUCCUCACCAAAUGCGACACAAUAAUGCAUCAAGCAAUAAUAUAUCAUCUGGAUAAAUCUGUCUUAACCAGCCAUAACAAGCAGCAUGACAAAGAAACAUUAACUAAAGUUUUCACAGUGAAUAAAGUUCAUCUUCAUUUUCAAAACCAGCAGAUUCAACUGAGAUUCAGAUCAACUCAAAUAUGGAGUUCCUCCUCAAAGAACAAUGUCAAAAAGUUGUAUUCUUGUAUUUAAUUUUGCUUCAUGAUAUAAAUUAUAUCAUUGUGCUUUCUUAUGAGUUUCAUAUCAUGUUCA